UUGUAAGCUAGCUUAGCACGAAGAGGACAACUUGACUAAACAUAUAGUCCCCUACCAACUCAUUCAAGACUAAUUUAAAUACAUCACAUACUUGUUGAGUGAAUGAAAUCAUCUAAAAUUCCUUUAAGCCAUUUCUUGUCUGAUUCUCUUGAUCUCUCCCCAACUCCAAUAUUUUAGACAAUGGGUUUAUCCUUUCCUCUCAUCAUCUUGAUCUUGCACUUUCUUGUUUCAUUGAUGAUGUUUUAUCUUAUACUUGCUGCCUCUUCUUCUGGUGUGCAGCCCCUGUGCCAUGAUAAUAAGAGAUUUGCCUUGUUGCAAUUCAAGGAAAGCUUUAUUAUCAAUCAGUCCGCGUCCGGAUAUCCCUCUGCUUAUCCAAAGGUUUCAAGGUGGAAACCAGAUCAAAUCAGUGAUUGUUGCAAUUGGGACGGUGUAGAGUGCAAUAAGGACAAUGGUCAUGUCAUCGGCCUCGAUCUUAAUAGCAGCUGUCUUCAAGGUAUUCUCAACUCCAAUAGCAGCCUCUUCCACCUUGCUCACCUCCAAAACCUCAAUUUGGACGACAAUGACUUCAACUCUUCUCCGAUCCCAACUAGUUUUAGACAACUUUCAAGGCUAACAAAGCUCAGCCUCUCUUUCUCUGUAUUUUCUGGCCAAAUCCCUUCAGAAAUCUUAGAGCUCUCCAAGUUAGUUUUUCUAGAUCUCUCAUAUAAUUCGUUGUUGAAGCUCCAAAAAUCUGGCCUAACAGUUAUAGCUCAAAACCUCACAAACUUGGAAGUACUAAAUCUUGACAAGGUUGUUAUAUCAUCCAACGUACCUAAUAUCUUGGCAAACUUAUCUUCUUUAACGAAUCUAUCUCUAAAAGAGUGUGACCUGCAUGGUGAGUUUCCUGUGGGAAUCUUCGGUCUACCUAAUCUUCAGCUUCUUCAUAUAGGGUUCAACGAAUACCUCACGGGAUGUCUCCCAGAAUUUAACAGCACUAGCCCCCUUGUAUCAUUGAGACUUGGAUCCACGAACUUCUAUGGUGAGCUACCGGAUUCGAUUGGUAACCUCAAGUCCUUGGUUAUAUUUAUUGUGCGGUAUUGCAAUUUCUCAGGAGAAAUACCAUCUUCACUAGGUAACCUUACCAAUCUAGAAGUUUUACUACUUCAAUCAAAUAGGUUGCACGGUUCAAUUCCACGGUCAAUAUCUAGGCUUGUAAAUCUUGAAAUUCUGCGUCUCCAUGAUAACGAUUUGAGUGGCACGGUGGAGCUUGAGUUGUUUCUAAGACUCAAUAACCUCUUUGAUCUCGAGUUAGAUGGAAACAAUAUUUCGUUGCUUACAAAGCCCAGUACCAACUCAACUUUUCCAAAACUUGAGGUAUUAUCAAUAGGUGGUUGUGACUUGGGUGAGUUCCCAGAGUUUCUGAGGAUCCAAGAUCAGUUGAAAUUAUUAGAUCUUAGUGGAAACAAGAUUCACGGCCAAGUUCCAAAAUGGAUGUGGAACGUAAGUAUAGAAACUCUCUGGGAUUUAAAUUUGGGUAACAACUUUCUCACCGGUUUCGACCAACUUCCGGUUGUGCUCCCCUACGUUAAUCUGAAUAAUCUGGCGCUUGAUUCUAACAUGCUUCAAGGUUCACUACCAAUCCCACCUCCUUCCAUUGUUUUAUAUUCGGUCUCAAACAACAAAAUGACCGGAGAAAUACCAGAUUUGAUUUGCAAUCUAAGUUUAAUAAAUAUUCUUGAUUUGUCAAGCAACAACUUGGGUGGUUCUCUUCCACAAUGCUUAGGCAACUUGAGUGAUUCUCUCACAAUUGUGGAUGUACACGACAAUAAUUUUCAUGGAACCAUUCCUCGGAUCCGUGGUGAAGGAAAAGAAUUGAAGCUGAUUGAUUUCAGCCAAAAUCAUUUACAGGGGCGUGUACCGAGAUCAUUGGCCAAUUGUACCAAGCUUGAAGUUGUUAAUCUUGGUAACAAUCAGAUACAUGAUAUUUUUCCUUCCUGGUUGGGCAUUCUUCCAGAGUUGAGGAUUCUCAUUUUGAGAUCUAAUAAACUACAUGGUACAAUAGGAAGUUCAGAUAGCAAUUUCAAAUUCCCAAAAUUGCACAUCAUUGACCUUUCAAAUAAUGAUAUUUCUGGCAAGUUGCCAUAUGAACACUUCCAAAAUUGGAAAGCCAUGCAAAUCGUCAAUGCCAAGAGCUUAAAGUACAUGGGGGAAAUCAUAACUUCAGCGAUGUCUGCAAACUCUACGGUGCGUAUGCCCUCCAUUAACUACUCAAUCGCGAUGAUCAACAAAGGCACGGAGACAAAUUAUGAGAAAGUCCCAGAUUUCCCUAUAGCUAUUGACUACUCAAUCACGAUGAUCAACAAAGGCACGGAGACAAAUUAUGAGAAAGUCCCAGAUUUCCUUAUAGCUAUUGAUCUCUCGAGCAAUAGAUUUGAAGGAGAAAUUCCAGAAGUGGUGGGGAAUCUAAAAGGACUUGAUUUGCUCAACAUUUCCAACAACUUUCUCACAGGUCCUAUACCAUUUACUUUGGCAAACUUGAUAGGGCUAGAAUCAUUGGAUCUGUCUCAAAACAGGUUGUCUGGUGUGAUCCCUCCGCAACUAGCAGAACUCACUUUCCUUUCACACUUUAAUGUCUCCCAUAAUCGCUUGAUAGGACCUAUACCACAUGGGAAACAAUUUGACACAUUCGACAACAGUUCGUUCAGUGAGAACCCUGAAUUAUGCGGUAACCCUUUGCCAAAGAAAUGUGGGAAUCCUGAGGACUCAGUAUUGCCUCCAUCUUCAAGCCACAACUCAAAUCAAUUCUCAUUUGAAUUUGGUUGGAAAGUAGUCGCAAUGGGAUAUGGAUGUGGAUUCGUGUUUGGAGCUGUGUCUGGGCAAAUCGUGAUCACAAAGAAGUAUGGUUGGUUUAUGAAGAAGACAUUCGCAAUUGGGCAGCCGACCCGUAGAAGGGUGAAUUGGAGGGGCCGCAUAAAUUAAAUAUAAUCCUACAUGCAUGUUUCCAUAAUUAAUAAAUAAUUCUAUGCACAAUGUCUGUAGUACGCACUAUUAUUGUAGCUUUAUUUUUAUUUUUAUUUUUUUGUUUUUUUAUUCCUCUUUUAGAUGUUAUAGGAAAGGGCCAUGGAUAGCCAGAUAGGAUGUUUGUACUGAAAAGAAUCUGUUGUAUUUGCACCCAAGCUCUCAAUAAAACAAGUGUUGUGAAAGAAAAUUAACCACAGAAAUUUAUGGCAGUGAAAGCAAAGAUGCCCUGCUUUGGUGUAUUUUAC